GCUAGUUUCUUUAAUUUACUGAGCGUCUGAGAACAGUUCACAUCGUAUAUAAUGGCAUCUUUUUCCUUUCUAUUCACCUGGCUUCUUCUUACAGAUUUCAGUGAUGGUGUGCUGAUCACUCAGUGGCCGAAGUUCAUCUCCGAUGUUCCAGGUUCUUCAGUGGAAAUGCACUGUUAUCAGAAUGACACAAACUAUGAAUACAAAUACUGGUACAGGCAAAAACAUGGUGAAUGGCCAGUACUUAUUGGAAGCUAUAUUGUUAACUCGGCCACUAAUGAGAAGGAUUUUGAGAGUGGCUUUAAAGUGUCGGGUACAGAGAAAAAGAAAUGGACCCUGAUGGUAGAGGUUAAGAAGGAGAGUAAUGCUGUGUAUCUGUGUGCUGCUAAGUCCGUAACAGGAUUAGACAUCACACAGACACCUGCAUUACUUAGUGUAUCUCAGGGUAAAGAGACGACUCUUAAAUGUGGUCAUAAUGAUGGCAGCUAUUAUUAUAUGUACUGGUACAUACAGAGGAGCUCAGGUGAAUUGUCUCUCCUUGCUUUUUCUCCUGGAAAAGACUCAGUGGAAAUAGUCUCCCCAUUCAGUGCCAGUAAAUACACAAUGGUACGUCCUGAUAUAAAAGAAUCUACACUGAAGAUUGUGGAUCUAAAGGAGGACUCGGGUGUAUAUUUCUGUGCCUCAAGUAGUCAAGCUUACUUCGGCAAUGGAACAAAGUUAACAGUUCUUGAAUCUGGUAAGGACGUCACUGAACCAGAAGUAAAAAUUAUAGGACCCUCCAAAAAACAACUCUGUAAGAAGACUGUGACUCUUGUUUGUGUGGCUGAAAAUUUCUAUCCAGACCAUGUGACCAUAAAAUGGAAAAUUGGAAGUGAUGAUGUUACUAAAGGUGUGGCAACUGACCCUUAUGCCACGAAAGAUAAAACAGGAAAGUUUGACAUGUCCAGCAGGCUCAAAAUCAAAUCAAAUGAAUACCACAAUCCAGCAAAGAAAUUCACAUGCAUAGUGUCUUUCUAUAAUGGAACUGAUUAUAUUGAUAAAUCAGAUACAGUUAAGGGAAUUGUAGGAAAAGGAUUUAACAAAGAGAAUCACAUGACAGAAGCAGCAACAGUAAAGCUGGCAUAUGGUGUGUUUAUUGCUAAAAGUGGACUUUAUGGCAUUUUCAUCUUCUUCUUUGUAAGGAGACAGGUUUCAGCAGGGAAGUAAUAACACUGGAUAACUGGCUGAAGAAGUGUUAUCAGGUUGCACUUGGAAAGAAGACUUCAACCUCCUACCAUGUUUUCUCCCUCUCUUUAUGCUUCAUAGGAGUCUAUUUUAAUAAAAGCUGAUAUUUUAAAAAAGCUUAUUGCUAGAGUUUUAUGCUGUGAGAUUAUUUUUUUUCUCAUUUAUCUUUUUCUAUUAAGUAAUUAACAUUAUUAUACUAUACUAGUACAGUAUACUUACAGUAUUUAAUAUAUCCUUCUUGGAAAUUUCAUGCUAACUUUUUGUUUCUCAUUGUAUUCCUGUUUUCUAAAUUUGUUAGAUCUGUCAAUAAAAUAAUAUUGCAUGUGAGAAUAUCGACACUCUUAAUCCUUCUUUUAGAGAAUUAUACACCAAACUUAGACCACUAUAUAGAGCAGAAUGGUUUGUAUUAUGAUCUUUUUUCUUGUUUAUACAUAUCAUGCCUUUUUUACAUGCCAAAACAAUGCUGUUACUUGUCAUUGGUCAUAAAGUAAAACUUAAAGUAUCUAUUCAAGUGAAAUUUUGUCUGUGCUCCUGAUGUUCUCUGAGGAGCCCCCUAGUGAAAGUGGAGAAAAUAUACUUAUUUUUAAGCAUCUAUCAUCUAAAGUAAAUAUACACAUACGUGUUUUCAUCUUAAACAUUUUUUAACCAUCGCAGCACAAAGAUAGCACAAGCAAAGAAAUCAUUUAAAAUUCAUAAAAUGUCUAGCAAAAUUACAUUGGCUCAAAAAAGAAAAAAAAAAGUUAAGUGUAAUACCUAACUACACAUAAUUGCUGAUGAAUAAUACUUAAUAGCUAAACAUUGUUAAAUAAAAACAACAAUACGCAUUAAACAAGCAGAUUUCUGUUUUGUAUCCCUGCUCCUCACAAGAGGCCUCUCAACAGCUGGGAGGCCAAUAUGACUUUCAUGGUCUCAAACUGAAAAGAGGCCCCUAAAACAAUGUACUAUUGCCCAUUAUUAGCUGUUAACUGUUGAGGUUUAGGUAAUGAGAUAAAUCACCGUGUACUAGUUACGCUAAACUAGAAUUUGGAGAAGGGACCAAACUGACUGUUAUGGGUAAGUCUGAAAUGGAUUUUUAAACUUUAUAAUUUUCAAAUGGUUUAGUAAACGCUGUUUAGAAUAGGGGAUUUGUUAAUUUCUAGUUUUCAGUAAGAUGGAUCUUAAUAGCACAAAGAAACAUAGAUGCACAUUGACCUAAAUAAGUUACAAAGUUAGAUUUCCAAAUAUAACUCGUAAUUGUUUGUAUUUUCAUGCAAUUUUAUGAAAUUACAUUGAAAGUAUAAUUUACUUCAAAUAGAAAAACAACUCUGAAUUCCAGUUUCCACCACUUUUCCUUAUUUUUUUCUAGCUAGAAAUGUCUCUCUCCCAAAAGUCAACAUACUACCACCAUCUCCACAAGAGAUG